CACCAGUUAUGUUUGGGAUAUACUUGAAACCAGUUUGGCCCGGCUAUUUGAACCUCAUCCGUGCAUGCUUUGGAGGAGAAUAGCUGUGGACUGGAGUCAUUAUCGUUUCAUGCUGGAAUAAGUAACGGCGGACUGCCUCCAUUGGGCGGUGUAGAAGACGUCGUUAGCGUAGGGACUGCUAGUCUAAUUAGCUCCCAUGUGGCUAAUACCCGAGCUAACUACGAAGUAGGCUAGAUAGUGAAAUUCAGUCUCUAAAUGCGCUAGUUGGCGCUGGUUACAUGCUCAACAAAAGGCUAACCUAACCUAAUCAACUCUCGCAUGACGUUUUCAAACAGUAUUUUACUGCGGCUUUGGUGACAUUCUCAGUGCUCACGUUUCAGAAUCCAACAUUUUGACUUGCACCAUACCAGGUUAAAACGGCCGAGCCCCAUACAGUCGUGGCCACCAACUAGUUGCCCUGGCAGAAUAUCUGUUUGUACAACGCGACGAGAUCACUGGCACUCAAUAUCCGUCAAUACGCACCUAAUGCAAACAAACAACGCGCAGGGCGCCAAAAAGAACUUAGACUGUGCAUAAACAUCCCUUGCUGUUUACAUAAACAAAAAUAAUUUUUUAAUUUUUUUCACAGCCAUUCUUUUCUAGUAAGCCUGGGCAGAAUAGGUAGAUGAAACAUACUCCGAUGACCGUAGAGCCCUUAUAAGAGAAACGGGUUUCCACCUUGUGCUGGUGAAAUUGGCCCCUUCUAAUUUUUUGGAAUUUCGUUCACACAAACUUUCACUUUCACUGUUGUUUCCACACUCUUUGAGCUUUCAGCUUUCAGCUUCCAACUACUUCAAUAUUGAUAUAAAGACACUGCGUACCUUAAUCGCGUCCACUCCUUUACAUACCCGUCUUCUAUAUCUCUCUGACACUCGUUAGCAAGCUUCCUCCAAAUCUGGUUCAACACUAAAACUGCAAUCUAUCCAAAUGCGUUAUUACAUUCCUUUUGCUCUCUUGGCUGCUGCUUCGGCUGUAGUAAUCCCCAACAAGAGAUUCGAUAAUGAAACCAUUCCAGCAACCUCCUCCGAGGCUCCUCUUGCUUCUUCAAUUCUCAGUGAAUCUUCCUCGAUUCCUUCUUCGAUCGUUGAAUCUGCCGUGGAACUUGUAGCUGCUUCAUCGGAAGUUUCUGUAUCUUCUGCUGCAGCUCCUGCUUCUUCUAGCUCCCCAGUUUCUUCUGAAGUUGGUGUAUCAUCCUCAGCUGCUCCAGCAGAUCCUUCAGCUUCCGUAGAUGCUGAGUUUGUUUCUGCACCAGGGACUCUGACUUCCACCAUUGAUGAUUAUACUACUGUUACUCUUCCAUCUAGUACGGUCACAAUUGACCUUGCUUCUGUUUCUGAAUCCCAGGUAGUUGCCGAGUCCUCUGCAACCGUUGCUUCUGUAGCUGAGGAUGAUACUUCUGCGGCUGCUGUCCAGAGUCAAGUCGUUAUCACUUCCACUAUCGUUGAGUAUGUCACAAUCACUUCUGACGGUGUGACCACUUCUUCUCCAACCACUAUUCUCUCUACUUUGACGACAUCUUCUGUGCCUGCUUCUACUCUGGACGAAGAAGAAACAACCACUUCUACUAUUACCAGGUUUAUCACUGUGACAGAAUCAGAUGGAGAUGUCACAGAAGUUCCUGAAACUGAAGUAACCGUUUUCCCAGUCUCCGAAACUUCGUCUGUCGAGUACUGUGAACCAACUACUGUAACUGUCACUGUCACCACUGGUGCUGCAUCCACCACCAACAACCUUGUGCUUACUUCCUACUUCACUUCUACAUACCCAAUCACUGCUGAAUUCACUUUCGGUGGCAAUAUAACUACUAUUACCAGCCAAGUUCAAGUCACCAGCACUCAACUUAUUACUACAACUAUUGCUGCUUCUUCUACUCCUGCAGUUUCAUCUGUUUCUGAGGAGUCGUCUUCGUACAUUCCAACUAGCUCUUACAUCAGCUCUUCUGUAGUCCCACAGAACGAGACUAUCUACACAACUAGCGCUCCAUCUGCUGUUGAGCAAACUUCUAUUGCCAGUGAGACUCCCUCCUUGCUUGAGAAGCUCAAAAGAGGAAUUUUCUAAGAAACUAGCAUCUCUCCCUUCUAGCUACGAAGCUAACGUAAAAUAUGGACAGUGACUAGAGAUGAGAGUGGCAACGUAGACCACUCGCAGCUCUGUCAAUAUACCUCACUAGACAUCUUCAAUGCGUAAGCUUAUUUUGUUGAUUUUGUUCUCCCUCUCGAAAGAGAGUUCACGUCAUCUCAUGAUACCCCUUCAUCAUUCAUCUAUCUUGAUACCCACAUCACAUACAUCCGGCAACUCUAGGUUUAGGAGAGUUCACAUCUUUUUUUUAUACAAUUAUUUAAAAUCCGUUAUAUUUCUACCCGGGCUACGGAUUCAUAACCAUUUCCCGCUCAUGGUUUAUAUAUUUUGGGUGUUACCAAAACACAUUGUUUCAAUAAACGCUUAUCCUGAG